CCAACUUACAACACUGUUAAUUUCCUCCUAUCUCUCUUAGCAAAUAUAUUAGCUUCAUGCUACUCAUAGUUUUCCAUUUUAAGUAAAAACAGCCCCACAAAUUCUUUCAUAAAUUAGGCAUAUGUCAAUUUAAGUUCCAAAGUUGUGUUCCAUUCACAAAUAUUGACAUGGGAAGUGUUCAUCUUUCUUAUCUGCUGUUAUUCUUAACAACAGUUGGUGUUAUUCUUGCUGUUUCUUCUCCAGAUGGUUCAUCUGAUUCUUAUUGGCUUUUGAGAAUAAAAUCAGAACUUGUCGAUCCAUACGGAGUUGUUGAAAAUUGGUCUGAAGGGACUAGCGUAUGUACCUGGAAUGGAGUGGCAUGUUCAGAUGAUAAAUCUCAUAUUGUGAGACUUAAUCUUUCUGCUUCAGGACUAGAAGGUCAAAUAUCUCAAGAAUUCGCGCAUCUCACUUCUCUUCGAGUGAUUGAUCUGUCGGAUAAUUUUCUUAAUGGAACAAUCCCUCCUGCAUUAGGAGAGCUUCAUAACUUGGAGGAAUUGCUUCUUUUCUCCAAUUUUCUCACUGGUGAGAUUCCUUUGGAGAUUGGUCGUUUGAGAAAGCUGCAAGUUCUUAGAAUUGGAGCCAACAUGCUGACAGGACAAGUGAUACCAGAAAUUGGUAACUUGUCUGAGCUGAGAGCCUUGACUGUUGCUUAUUGCCAAUUCAGUGGAAAGAUACCAAAUGAGAUUGGUAAUUUGAAGCAGCUGAUAAAUCUUGACUUGCAGCAAAACAGUCUUAGUGGCCCCAUACCAGAAGCAAUUGGCGGCUGUAAAAAUCUUCAAAAUUUUGCAGCAUCAAAUAACAAGAUUGGGGGACAAAUUCCUGCCUCAAUUGGUCAGCUCGAAUCACUCGAAAUCUUGAACCUGGCAAACAACAGCUUUUCUGGUUCGAUUCCUGUUGAGCUGAGCCAUCUUUCCAAUUUGAAGUACUUGAACUUGUUUGGCAAUGAAUUGGAAGGCGAAAUCCCUUUCGAGCUUAACCAGUUGGUUCAGCUUGAAACAUUAGAUUUAUCUAACAACAAGCUUUCAGGAACCAUAAGGCUUCUCAACACUCAGCUGAAGAGUCUUGAGACUUUAUCACUGUCUGGCAACUUCUUAACAGGAAGCAUCCCUAGUAAUUUCUGUCCCCGUGAUUCAAGCUUAAGCCUGCUCAUUCUGGCUGACAAUAAGCUGUCUGGGAACUUCCCCUUGGAGUUAUUAAACUGCACGUCCAUACGACAACUGGAUCUCUCCGGUAACAGCUUUGAAGGAAUGCUGCCACGAGGCCUCGACAGGCUAGAAAGUCUCACAGACCUCUUGCUCAACAAUAACAGCUUUACUGGAACUAUACCUCCUGAAAUAGGAAACUUGACUAACUUGGAAGAUUUGUACCUGUUCCAUAACAUGCUCUCUGGUGGAAUUCCAGUUGAAAUAGGAAAGCUUCAGAGGCUGCGUGAACUGUACCUCUACGAAAAUCAGUUGUCAGGAAGUAUUCCAAGAGAGUUGACAAACUGCUCCAGCUUAGUACGCGUUGAUUUCUUUGGCAAUCACUUUUCAGGCUCUAUUCCUGAUAACAUUGGGAGGCUUAAGAAUCUUGUUAUUCUUCAGCUACGGCAGAAUGGGUUGUCCGGUCCAAUUCCAUCAAGCUUAGGCUACUGCAGGAAGCUUCAAAAGCUGGCUUUGGCUGAUAACAAACUUUCAGGAUCAUUGCCACCAACUUUUCGAUUUCUCUCAGAGUUGGACCUGAUUACUCUUUACAACAAUUCCCUUGAAGGUCCACUUCCUGAAUCUCUUUCCCUUCUGAAAAAUCUCAGCAAAAUUAACUUUUCUCACAAUAAGUUUAGUGGAAGCAUUUCUCCCUUGGCUGGUUCGAAUUCCCUGACAGCUCUUGACUUAACAAACAACAGCUUCUCUGGUCUUAUUCCUUCUGAGCUAGCUUUGUCAAAAAAUCUAUCCCGUCUUCGCCUUGCUAAUAAUUUUUUCACUGGAGAAAUCCCUUCUGAAUUUGGACAGCUUGAAGAGCUAAGAUUUCUUGAUUUAUCGUUCAACAAUUUGACCGGAAAUCUAGCAACUUCCCUUGCUGGCCUAAAAAACCUUGGCCAUUUUCUCCUAAGCUCUAAUCAAUUCUCGGGGGAAAUUCCCACAUGGUUAGGAGGCAUAGAAGGUCUUGGUGAGCUCGAUCUUUCAUUCAACAACUUCACUGGAACAGUUCCAGCAGAACUUGGAAACUCUCCAAAAUUACUCAAACUUUCUCUCAGUUACAACAGAUUAUCAGGCCCCAUACCACCAGAACUGGGAAAUCUCACAAGUUUAAAUGUCUUGAAUCUUCAAAGAAACAAUCUUUCUGGUUCCAUUCCUACAACUCUUCAAAAAUGCCAAAAGCUCUAUGAGCUAAGGCUCUCUGAAAACAACUUAACUGGCUCAAUCCCUUAUGAAAUCGGCUCUUUAUCUGAAUUACAAGUGAUAUUAGACUUGAGCAAGAAUCACAUUUCUGGUGAAAUCCCUUUAUCACUUGGAAACCUUGUAAAGUUAGAAAGAUUGAAUCUUUCAUUCAAUCAACUGCAAGGAAGAGUCCCACCAUCACUUGGAAGGCUAUCAAGUUUACAUAGACUCAAUUUGUCAUAUAAUCAUCUUCAGGGACAAAUUCCUUCCACAUUUUCAGGAUUCCCACUAAGUUCUUUCAUGGGAAAUAAUCAAAAGCUAUGUGGCCCACCAUUAUUAUCUUGUUCUGAAUUAAAGGGAAAUGAGAGAAUUUGGCAGUUGUCAAAAGCAAGUGUUGUAGGGAUAACAGUGGCUAUUGUGUUUACUGCCACAGUCAUAUGCAUGGUUCUGCUUUAUAUCAUGCUGAGGAUUUGGUGCAAUUGGAGAAAAGUUACAAUUUCAUGUUCAGAGACUGGUGGAAUUGAGAGUAAAAGUAGACAAGGGGAAAAUUGGGUUUAUGGAGGAGAGAUCAAAAGUGGACAAUAUUGGAAUACAACAUCAUUAGUUUCAUCAAAAGAGAAGAAAAUAUCUAAAGGGACAUGUAUGUUUGAUCUUAGUGUAAGUUCAUCAGAUAGCACAGAAAAACCAUUAGUUUGAGUCUUUGAGAGGGUCUUUUAUUUUGCUUUGAUUCAUAUCAUAUUUUCUUCUUCUUCUUUUUGUCUCUCUACUUUGUAAAUUUUUUGUGAUGUGUUGAGAUAAUUUGUUUAUGUGGGGUUAACAUGUAAAGAAUAAUUACCUAGUGAAAACUCUCAUCAAUGCAAGGGGCAGUGCACGUGAAUUCACGAUCUUUCUGCUAA